AUGGCCUCGCUCAAUGGCCACGCCCUCUCCCCGGCCGCUCAACGCCGCAUCGAUCACCACGAAGCCGAUGUUGUAAUUGUGGGUGCCGGAAUCCUAGGAUGCGCGCUUGCAGUCACACUAGGAAGACAAGGACGCAGUGUGAUUCUGCUGGAAAAGUCGUUGGAGGAACCUGACCGCAUUGUCGGUGAACUACUCCAACCGGGAGGUGUUCAGGCGCUCGAGCAAUUAGGGCUACGGGAUUGCCUGGAAGACAUUGAUGGCAUUGACGUGAAGGGAUAUUGGGUUUCUUACCAUGGCGAGCCGGUUCUCCUUGAAUACCCCAAGUCCAGCCCAACCUCACCUACACCGCUGGGACGAGCCUUCCAUCACGGUCGAUUCGUGAUGAAACUACGGGCAGCCGCUCUGUCCUGCCCCAAUGUCACAGUUGUCGAAACGAAGGUGACUGGCCUGGUCACAUCGUCACAUACUGAGGAAGUCCUUGGAGUCGAGUGUAUAACCAAGAACGUCAAGGAUUGCUACUUCGCCCAACUCACCGUGGCCGCCGACGGCUACAACUCCGAAUUCCGCAAGGAGCACCACCAGUACUCACCCAAACGGAAAUCGAAGUUUUAUGGUUUGGAACUCAUUGAUGCCAAACUCCCCGCACCCAAUACUGGUCAUGUCCUCCUCAGCGAUAACCCACCUGUACUCAUGUACCAAAUCGGCACCCACGAGACCCGAAUCCUUAUCGAUAUCCCGGAUAACUUCCCUCUGGCGUCGGUGAAAAAUGGUGGUGUUAAGGGUUAUAUGCGAAGCAACAUCCUACCCCAGCUCCCAAAGGGUGCGCAGCAGUCGUUCUCUGAUGCACUAGAGCAAGGCCAGCUCCGGUCAAUGCCGAACUCAUUCCUGCCUGCUUCGGCCAACAAGACACCUGGUUUGGCGAUUCUGGGAGAUGCACUCAACAUGCGACACCCUCUCACUGGUGGAGGCAUGACGGUGGCGUUCAACGAUGUCUGUCUCCUCCGCGAAUUGCUCAGUCCAGAGCGCGUGCCCACCCUUUCCAAUACAGGCCUCGUUCUUGAACAGCUAGCGGAAUUCCACUGGAGACGAAAGAACUCUUCUUCGGUCAUUAAUAUUCUCGCGCAGGCCCUCUAUGCGCUCUUCGCCGCAGACAGUACGUAUCCCUACUCUUCGGUUAAUGUCCUCACAAUUAACUGUUUAUCCUUAGACGAAAGCCUUAGAGCUCUGCAGCGUGGUUGCUUCCGCUACUUCCAGAUUGGACCGAUUGGCGGCCCUGUUGGGCUGUUGGCCGGUCUGAUCAAAAAGCCUCUCGUCCUCGUCAGCCACUUCUUCUCCGUCGCCUUCCUCUCAAUCUGGGUUCUUUUCUGUGAUACGCCUCUUACCCACCUUCUCCUAUUCCCAUACUACGCCGUCAUGAUAUUGUACACAGCGUCUGUCGUGCUUUUGCCAUACGUCUGGACCGAGAUCUGGUACUGA